GCAAAGUAAAAUACCAAUUUGUCCCUUUGUCCCACCCGUAUGCAACGUUGCACCCUCCGGAAAAUACAGUUCUAUUUUUCUCUUGACACGUAGCAACGGAGUUGGCAUAGUACAGAGUUAACUUGUGUUACAUUCCAGACGGUGAGAAAUGUCAGCGUUUGACAGCGACUUCUACCAGUCAAGUUACAGUGUAGACGACCAAGGCCAAGCUGGAUAUGGCUAUAGCAACUCGGAAGACCCCUACAACAAGCAAUAUGGCCAGUAUGACUAUUCCCAGCCCAUGGGCUACGCUGCCGCAGGGGUGAUGACUCCCCAACAGCCCUACACGGGCCAGAUAUACCAGCCCACCCCCACGUUCACCCCCACCCCCACACAGUCCAUGUACAGCAGCAGCUUUGAGGACGAACCACCUCUGCUGGAGGAGCUGGGCAUCAACUUUGACCACAUCUGGCAGAAGACGCUGACCGUGCUGCAUCCGCUCAAGGUGGCCGACGGCAGCAUCAUGAACGAGACGGACCUGGCCGGCCCCAUGGUCUUCUGCCUGGCCUUCGGGGCCACUCUACUGCUGACAGGGAAGAUCCAGUUUGGCUACGUGUACGGGAUCAGCGCCAUCGGCUGCCUGGGCAUGUACUGCCUGCUCAACCUGAUGAGCAUGACCGGGGUGUCCUUCGGCUGCGUCGCCAGCGUCCUGGGCUACUGCCUGCUUCCCAUGAUCCUCCUCUCCAGCUUUGGCGUGGUCAUCUCCUUGCAAGGCAUGAUGGGGAUCGUCAUCACGGCCGCGAUCAUCGGCUGGUGCAGUUUCUCCGCCUCCAAGAUCUUCAUCUCGGCCCUGGCUAUGGACAACCAGCAGGUGCUGGUGGCGUACCCCUGCGCCCUCCUGUACGGCGUGUUCGCCCUCAUCUCCGUCUUCUGAAGGGUCACCACGUGCCCUCUCUCCCUCUGUCCCCGAGUCCCAAGCCUCUACCCCUCCCACCCCCCCCACCCCACCCCUGCUGCCCUCUCCCCCGGCCCCCCAGCCCCAGUGUGCACUCCUUCACUUACCCCCUCCCCCCUCCCAUGGGUUGAAACGCCAAAGGAUCGGUGUGAAAACGCCAGUUGGACGCUUGAAACUACCUCCAAGCCCGUCGCUUGGCUUCCACACCAAUCAGAUGAGUUGGGAGAGGGGAGGGGGGGGGGGUGAACAUGUGCACGUUGGAUGCAGGAGUAGAGUAUCGGGACGCACGGACAGAACAGACUCGGACGCCGGGCGGCACCUCGGCAAAACCAACAGAACUGCAGGACGAGGAAGGGAGGCUCCGCGCGGCACGUUUUCCACCCCCGGCGUCGCCCCCCCCACCCCCGCCACGCUCUCCAGGACGGAGGACCCAUCCAUGAACCGUGGCACACUCGACCCCCUUAUUCAGUGUAGAAACAACUUGUCCUCUGUGCUGUCUUUGAUAUGUUUUCGGUUUCUUUUUCUCUCUCCCUGAGAUUCGUUUGAGCUUCGAGGCCUUCGGAGAAAAAUGGUUUUGCGCAGGGACCGUUUCUCACCUCAAAAACAGAAGCAGAUUGAAUGAGAGGUUGGAGACUUGAAAACAAGUGGGUAACCUAUAAAGCACAGUCUCACUAUCUUUUGUCGCCUAUGGGAACAAAGUGGGUUAAUUAAUCUUGGAAUUGCGUCCACUCCAUUUGACCCCCCCCGCAUAUAACAGUACUGUUUUUAUCGAUGCAUCAUGUGAUUAACCUGUUAAGAGCUGGGAAAUGUGUGGCAAUGGCAAACACACUGCAUCUCCCAGAAUCCACUGCUCCUCUAGAUCAGCUCAGGGUCUUAAUGGGUCCCCGUUACCUGGCAACAUGUUUACCAGCUUGUGUGAUUGUAAACUUUGGUCAGUAAACAGUGCCUGCUGGCUGCCACAGCUGUAAACACACAA